AAUAGAAGAAAAGAAGCACCAAACUGGACCAAUGGGGCGUGGAAAAGUAGAGCUGAAGAAGAUUGAGAAUCCAACGAACCGCCAAGUUACCUUCUCCAAGAGGCGGAUGGGGCUGUUCAAGAAGGCAAACGAGCUAGCUAUUCUUUGUGACGCACAAAUCGGAGUCAUCAUAUUCUCUGGCAGUGGCAGGAUGUAUGAGUACUCCAGCCCCCCAUGGAGGAUAGCAAACAUCUUUGACAGAUACCUGAAAGCUCCUAGCACCCGUUUUGAGGAGAUGGACAUCCAGCAGAAAAUCAUCCAGGAGAUGACCAGGAUGAAGGAUGAGAGGAACAGGCUCAGGAUCAUCAUGGGACAGUACAUGGGGGAGGACCUGGCCUCAUUCUCUGUGCAAGACCUGAGCAACCUUGAGCAGCAGAUGGAGUUCUCGCUGUACAAAGUUCGCCUGAGAAAGCAAGAGCUACUCGACCAGCAGCUGCUCGAGAUGCGCCACAGGGAGAUGCGCAUGGCAGAAGAACAGAGCGGCGGCUUCCUGUGCCUGAUGAACCCGGCGGCGAGGGGGCAGAGCCAGGCGGCCGAGAUGGUGGCGGCGGCGAACCCGAGGCCGUUCCCGUGGUGGGACGCGGGGGCCGGUGGCAGCGGCGGCCAGAGCAGCCAGCGGUUGCACGGGCGGGACGCCGAGACGUCGGCGGCGGCGCCGCAGGUGCACGGGUACAGGCUCCAGCCGCUGCAGCCCAACCUGCAGGACGCCAACCUCCAUGGCUGGCUCUGAUUGCUGGGGCAGCUGGACCUGACCUGAACGUACUGCGUCGUGUGACCUGUUCUAGGAGUGCUUACAGUCUCCCACAGCUUCAGUUUAUUUACCCUACCCUGGUUCACUUGUCCCUGUGUCAUCGUUUACCAAAUUAUAGGGAUGAGGUUUAUGGCACCGAAUAAA